CUGUAGGUCAGCCAGUACGGCCCAUCUUGUUUCGCCAGACCUGGAAGACUGUUGUUCCCCCAGCCUCAGGCACACAUCGUGCCUGAUUGAUGGUCCAUGCAAUUGACUCGGGAGUGUUUGAGUAGGUACAGUACCUACCGUACCCAGUAAAUUACAGCAACCUCAGCUGGUACACCACCACUGUCUACAGCAGCAUCAUUCCACCUUCCACAAUCACCAUCCACCAAUCUACCUGCUCUCCCCUCGACAGAGAUGGAUUCGUCUCCAAAGUCCUAAUCCCACACAACCAACCCUGCUAAUAUCCAACCAAGAUCCACAAGACCACGUCUACGUCUACGUCUACAUCUACGGCUCAAAACAAAACAAGCCUGGCGAUUAGCAAUCAUGCCCCCAAAACUCCCCAAGAGCGCCAAACAGGCCCUGAUCGUCGCGCACCUCCGCGCCAGCGGCACCUGCCACACCUUGAAGGAGCUGGAGAAGACCCUGCCCGCGGUGGCCUCGAUCCACGCGGUCCAAGUGAAGGAGUUCCUCCAGGAGCUGGCGGACGAGAACGAGAUCCACGUGGAGAAGAUCGGGAGUCUGAACUGGUACUGGAGUUUCGCGGGGGAGGCGAAGCGCGAGCGCGAGAACCGGCUGCGUGCGGUGCAGGCGGAGGUGGAGGUGGUGGGGAGGGAGGUGCGUGAGUUGGAGGGGUUGGUGAGGGAGAGGAGGGAUGCGGAGGAGAGGGAGAGGGUUGAGGAUGAGAGGGAGGCGGCGGGGCGUGGUGGUGGUGGUGGUGGUGGUGGUGAUGGUGGGACUACCGAUGGUAUUGAUGAGGGAAAGGCUUGUGAUAGGGAAGAGGAGAGGGAGCGGCUAAUGCUACGGAAAGUGGAGUUGCAGGAUGAGAUUCGUCAGCUGCAGGGGAAGGUGACGGCGGUUUCGGGAGCCGGUGACAAACACAAAGGAACAGGAGAGGAGGAGAAAAGCUUGUCGUGCGUGGUGGAGGAGACGGAGGAGUUUCGGCGUCAGGCGCUGAUGUGGACGGAGAAUAUCUAUGUCUUGGAAGGGUUGGUCGAUCGGCUGACCGGCGGCGAUCGGGAGCUGUUGCGGGCGGUGCAGCGUGAAUGUUAUGGGGAGGAGGAGUAUGUGGACGGGGAGGGGUUGCGGGAGAUCUUUGAUUGAGGGGGAUGGUUGUCUGUUGUUGUUGUUGUUGUUGUGAUUGUGGUGUGAAUUGUUGAUUUAUAAGAGGGAGGGAGGGAGAGUGCGGAUGAAAUCUGGGCAAUUAAUUGUAUGUAUGUAAUUAGUAGUGCUCCAGGCGCCAGCGCCAGCUCCAGCUCCAGCUCCAACUCCAACUCCAGCCGAGGAGGG